AUGUCGGCCAGUGAACGGUGCACCGCCAACACAGGCGUCCGCGGCGAGGUCGAUGUGGUUCCCGGCGAUGUGCCUCCGGAGGGUCGGUCGCGACCGUCGCCCGAAGCGGUGGCCGUGCCGAACGCUUUUCUCCCGGGCGGCGAUUUCGUCGUCACCCGACCUUACGAUUUGGAAGAGGGAGAGUUGGUGUCCGAUGAGAACUGCGACUCCCAGUCGUCGUUAUCGUCGGUGGCAACCGCCUCGACCACGUUGGACAGCGGCAGCGGCGACAGUAUCACGGCCACGCGGGUGUGCCACCGACGACGGCGACGACGGAGCCGCAACCGCGACCGGAGCCGGAACCGCAACCGGAGCAGGAGCCACAACCGGAGCCAGAACCGCAACCGGAGCUGGAGCCGCGACCGGAGCUGGAGCCGCAACCGCAACCGGAGCCGCAACCGCAGCUGGUCGCGCACCACAAACAGCAGCCGGAACAGCGUCUGUUCGGCGCUCGUGAUCUCGUCCGACGACGACAACGAUACAACCACGUGGCACAGAGACAUUGGCGCACGGCAUCACGAGAAGGCCGCGUGGCACCGCGAGAUGGCCGCGCGGCACCGCUCGAGAGCCGCACGGCACAGUGAGAUGGCUGCACGGCAAUAUGGCCGCGAACGCAACCGUCGGGUUUUCCCAUAUCGUCCCUUCAGGAAUGACGCAUAUUCCGGCGGUUACCGACAAAACCGGUACUUCAAUUCGUAA